AAAGAGUCCAGGUGUCAUCUAUUUCCUAUGCUCACUUCUAUUGCAAACGACACCAAGUCCCCUGCAAACACUUCCACAUGCGGCGUGAGCUUACGUGCGCGACCCACAGUUCUGGAGACUUCGGCGUGAGAUGCCAAGCACGUACAGCAGUAAGAUGGCCGGCCGACAAAUGAGCUUCCCAGAUUUACCGGGUCGGUACGCCGUGGAUGAUCACUCUAUGCGGCUCCGAUGUGGGCCAGACUUCGAGGCCCGGUGAAUCAGGCCGUCGGCCAGCUGUAACAGGAAAGACUGUAAGCCCCAUUGCUGUCUACAGAUCCGCUCUUUCACCAAAGGGACCUCGGGACCCUCAUUUCAAGCCAUACUCCAGGUUGCAAUCGCCGAACAUGCGCAAAGUACCUAGGCAACCUUGCUCAGCCUGCAGAAGCACAUUCAGCUUGUGUACCACUCGUCACCUGCGUAGGCGGUUGCCUGUUGGAGCUGGCCGACCCCUCGGAUGGCGCCCGAAACCUCGCGUGGCGGACGUGAUCAGAACACACCGGGCUCUCGCAAGAUGACAGCCACUGGAGCUUCCAACGACAAAAUGCCCGCAGCAGCGGCCAGGGACGCCACGAUUAGGGACGUGAAAGACGGCAUGGACCAGCUCAACGCAGCUGUACAGGGCUUUUGCAGCAGCGACGUGGAUGAUGCGGCAGACAAGGCACAACGCCAGAAGAUCAUCGAAGCCGCGCAGAACGUCCUGAACUCGGUCAAGAGGCCUGAUGAUAUCUGGGUGGACAUGAACAUGGACAUCGCCCGCAUGGCUGCUUGCCAACUCCUCUACAAGUGGGGAGCCUUCGAGGCCAUCCCGGUCGACGGCAGCAUUUCGUAUCAGGACUUGGCCGUAGCCACCGAUGCAGAGGAGGCCCUUCUGAGACGCGUCGGCGGAGUGCUCGUGUCCCAGGGCUACCUAAAGCAGACUGGGGCCGACCACAUCCAUCAUACCCCCAAGUCAGUCGGGUACAGGAGCGAAAACGCAAGCAGCCACGUCCUCAACAUGAGCUGGACCAACGCCUUCGUCCCCUACGCCAAGCUGCCCGAGUACUUUGAGCAGUACGGGCGCAAGGAGCCCCAGGAGACCAGCCACGUGCCGAUGAGCUUCGCGUACGGGAGGCCAGAGCUGCCCUUCUACGGGCUGCUGGGGACGGACGAGGCGUGGGUGGGCAGCUUCCUCAAGGGGAUGGCGCACGUCGAGUCGCGGAUGCCCGUGACUGCGGGAAUUUACGACUUCUCGUGGCUGGUGUCGGCAGUGAGGGCUGAGGAUGAGGAGCCCGCACGCGCCACGCCCGACUCAGAGCACGAGGCCAGGGCUGUGCUGGUCGACGUCGGCGGGGGCAAGGGCGGGGCCGUCAGGGCUAUCCACAGGGAAUUUCCGGGCCUGCCCAUCCGCCGGUUCGUCCUCGAGGACACGCCCGAGAUGCUCGAGGCUGGCAGGCUGCUGGACGAGCCCGAGCUGGCUGGUGUGCGGCGGGUGGCGCUUGACUUCCACAGGGAUCAGCCCGUCAAAGGGGCUUACACGUACUGGAUGCGCCGGUGCUUCCACAACUACUCGGACGACGUGUCCCGGAAUAUGCUGCGGAUCAUUGUGGAUGCCAUGGCUGAGGAUAGCAGGCUGCUUAUCCAGGAGGAUGUCCUGGACAACCCGCCCAACCAGUGGGCAGCCUACCUUGACUUCAUGAUGCUGGGCCUUGGCGGGAAGCAGCGUACCCUGCAGAACUGGGAGCAGCUUCUCGGGUCUGUCGGGCUGCGGAUCGCAAGUGUGACGAGGGGUGAAGGGCCGUGGAAGUCGUUGUCGGUCAUUGAAGCUGUCAAGCAGUAAGAACUAGUGUACUACCCGGGCUGCCAGGGGUGUCGAACCACUCCUUUUUCCUAUCUCGGGAUAGCUCGUGUUGCCCUGGCUGUCCUGGCUGUUCUUCUUGUGAGGUCAUGGCAUCGAAUAGCCGGUUUCAACAACAUGCAGAGUCGCCUAGUUGCAGGCUGCCACCGCAUUUCAAGGCAUCAAAGUUUCACAAAUCAUUCUUGAGAGUGCCGUGCCCAAUCUCGACCCAGAAAAUCCUCACACUCACUCAGUCACUUCUGAGCUGUUGGUCCAGACUGCCAGGUGAUCGCAGCUGGGUUGGCUUUCCUUGGGGGCGGCCGGUGCG